CUCCUCUUCUCGUCCCCUCCCCCUCCCCAGGUCCAGCCAGGCAUUUUGACCCUGUGGAAGCAAACCCGAGCAGACCUUCAACACGGCCGUUGAAUACGUGCGUUUUCGACAGGUAAUGGCGAACUUCAGCUCUAGUGGCUUAACCUUCUUUGUAUUCGUCAUAGUUUUCACGGUCAUUUGCGGUAUAUUCCUCCUGCUCCGUCUGUGGGCUGCGACUGUGUCGCGUCGUCCACUGUAUCUCGACGAUGCGAUGAUCCUUUUCGCCUAUGCAAAUUGCAUAGCGCUUGGUGGGGUUGGCCUUUGGGCAGCAGUUAACGGACUUGGAAAACCAGGCUCAGAGUUAUCCGAAGAAGAAAUUGUUGUCAAUGCAAAGCUCAUCAUUACAUCGGACGUGUGUUGGCUAUUCGCAAGUGUCUUCGUUAAGAUGUCCAUUCUCUGGCUCUACAACCGUAUAUUCGCUAUCAGGGAGUUCAGGCGCUGGUGCUGGGCUCUCAUGGCUGUCAACGGCUGCUACGGCGUCUCCUUCUUGGUCGUAUACCUCACCAACUGCACGCCAGUGGACCAACUCUGGAACCCUACUCCGGACGGCCACUGCCGCGAUAUGCAAAUCAGCGACUUUGCCACCGUCGCCAUCAACAUGUUAUUCGACCUAGCGAUAUUGCUACUUCCCCUACCUACUCUCUGGGGCCUGAAACUUCCUCUGCGAAAGAAGAUUGUGGUUACCAUUAUGUUCAGCUUCGGUAUUGCCACGAUCGCAAUCAUGAUAUGGAGGAUCGUGGCAACUCUUCGGACCAGAGCCGACCCUGACUUCACUCUACACCUCGGGACGAUCGGGUUGAUCAGCUUCUUCGAGUUAUGGUUCGGCAUCAUCGUUGCCUGCAUGCCCACAUUGGCUCCCCUGUUCCGCGCCUACGCCAAGCCUCUCGUCUCUAAGUUGAAGGCCGGCCCAGACGGUUCCUCUAGCUCUGCGUCAUACGCCUUGGCGGAUCUCCCUCGUCAGGCCUUUGGCAGAAAUAACAUUCACGGGUCAAAGUACGACAGAAUCGACGGGGGCAAAGAUGCUGUCCGUGGAGAGGCCCGGUCCCAGGAGCCCCAUGGAAGGGGAAUGAUUGUAACCACGGAAAUCUUUUCCACAUCCGAAUAUCGCACCAAACCCGGGCCGAUGCAAGGUAGCAGCGUCGGCCAUAUCUGGAGUGACGUUGACGAAUAGUCGAGUACAGGCGACAAUAAGUCGCUCAGUGCUGAAUACUUAAAAUGUAUUAGCAUUGAAAUAAAGUACAAUAUAAAUUCAUUUAUGUGCCAGCCUUAAA